AGAUUAGCAACAACAAUAAGUAUUUCACCAUUAGAAUAGAUAACAUGUAAUAGCGACGCCCGAACCCCCCAAUCAGACCAAUCCAAAACACUUUCCGUGCGCGGCGUACGCAGAAGUUCAAAGUCAUCACAACUCGGCAGUACUAAGGGGUACAAAUUAGAUUUUACUUUCGUGUCAACACUCAUGAAACUCUCGGCUUUCGACGGGUACGCAAGUAGCGCGCAAAUGGUGACGGAAUUUGGUUGUUAGGAGCCCCCGCACCGCACACUCUGUCUAAAAAUUCAGAAUUGAGAAUCCGGACCGUGAGCACAAUGAGCGAACCGCUGGCAUUGGCAAGCGGCGGCGUGGUGGAUCCACCGACCCCUUCCACUUCCGCCUCUGUUUCGAACCUGCCCACAGCCACAGUUGCGCAGGGAUCGGGAUCCAACCGGGGCAUGGACCUAGAGGAUCCCAAAAACAAAGGAUUCUUUCUCUGGCAAUGGUUUUGUAACUGGACAUCCAGCUCACCGACCAUGCUGCGCGCCGUAGAGAAGAAGAUACUGUCGUACGUGAAGCUGCCCUACCGGGGCUUCUUCGUGGACAUCGGGCCGGCGGUGGGCGAGGCGGACAAGAUCUGGACCAUCAGCAUGAACACUGAGUCGAAGGAGGUGCCUCUGGUGCUGCUCCACGGCCUGGGAUCGGGCAUUGCCUUGUGGGUGAUGAACCUGGAUGCCUUUGCCAAGAGUCGACCCGUGUACGCCAUGGACAUCCUCGGAUUCGGACGCAGCUCGCGUCCGCAGUUCGCCAAGGAUGCUCUGGUGUGCGAGAAGCAGUUCGUCAAGUCGGUGGAGGAGUGGCGCCGCGAAAUGAACAUCAACGACAUGAUUCUGCUCGGCCACUCGAUGGGCGGCUUCAUUGCCUCCAGCUACGCCCUUACCUACCCGGAGCGGGUCAAGCACUUGAUUCUGGCCGAUCCCUGGGGCUUCCCCGAGAAGCCCGCGGAGUCGGCCAACGGCAAACAAAUGCCGCUCUGGGUGCGGGCCAUAGCUAGAAUCCUUACGCCGCUCAAUCCGCUGUGGGCCUUGCGCGCCGCCGGCCCCUUUGGCCAGUGGGUGGUGCAGAAGACGCGGCCGGACAUCAUGCGCAAGUUCCAGAGCACCAUUGACGAUGACAUCAACCUGCUGCCGCAGUACAUCCACCAGUGCAAUGCCCAGAACCCGAGCGGCGAGUCUGCUUUCCACACAAUGAUGCAGUCCUUCGGCUGGGCCAAGCACCCGAUGAUCCAUCGCAUUAAGGACGUGCGCAGCGACAUACCCAUCACAUUUAUCUACGGCUCCCGCUCGUGGAUCGACUCCUCCUCCGGCGAGAAGAUCAAGUCACAGCGCGGCAGCAACAUGGUGGACAUCAAAAUCGUGACGGGAGCUGGCCACCAUGUGUACGCCGACAAGGCGGACGUCUUCAACCGAUACGUGAAUGAGACCUGUGAUAUGUACAAGGUGGCCGGCAAGCUAAUCACGCCGCUGCAGCUAAUCCGCGAGUCCACGGAGUCCGACGAGGAGCGCGAACCCAGCCUGAGCACAGCGAAGACGGUGGAGGUCCAGCCGGAGGUUCAGCCGCUGCCCGAAUCCAUCACCACGGCAGACGCUUCCGACGAACUGGCGGCCAAUGUCAAGCCGAAGUGAGCAGGAGCACAAGGGUUUAGUGGAGAAGGCAAUCAGAGCUCGCCUGCCAGCCUGUAUCUAUUAGCUUAGUGUCUUUGCCUAGUAUUAAAAGGUCUUCUUAUUUACUCAGCCGCUAUUUUUACUCUCUACCGUACAGUCCCACUUGGCUAACUGAAACAAAGCUCUAAACGGCCCAUUCUUAUUUAUAUUUUUGGAGAUUUCAAGUUAUACAAAUACUGUUAACUAAUAAGCUUAAAUAUACUUGUUAUGAAAGCAA